AUGGAUGGGAGAUUGGGAAGUCAUUCUAAACUUUGUUUUCUUUGCUAUUACAGAUUAAAGCCGCAAGAGACAUGUUUUAUAUGUAGAAGUGGCAGUAGAAUUAUCUUCGAGGACGAUCACAGAGAUGUGUCUUCAGAAAUUCACUGGCUUCUUCCGGAUAACAUAUGGCUUCAUAUAUUUUCGUAUUUGUCAUUGCGGGAAAGAUUUCAAGCAUCAUACACUUGCAGGCGUUGGAACAAUCUUUGCAAAGAUUCAUUAUUUUGGCGCGAAGUUGACUUCUCAUUCUGCAGCUCUCAAAGAGUAACAGAUGAUACGGUUAGAGCGGUUACGUCAUACGCUAUAGGAAUACAAAGCAUUGAUUUUUCAGGCGACCAAUGCGAGUCAAUCACUGACAAGACAAUAGGUCACGUGGCGCGUUAUUGUCAGCGCUUGCAGAAAUUGAACAUAUCCGGAAGAGAAAGAGUUACAAAUCGCGGGCUCAAUCUUAUUGCCAGGAACUGCACUCUUCUGGAAGAGCUGAACGUCGAGAACUGCGAAGAAAUUAGCGACAAAGGAAUUAAAUCAAUCGCCAAGAAUUGUCGUCGACUUAAGGUCCUUUCACUUGCGUCUUGUAGCAAAAUCAGUGAUAAAGGCGUAAGGUUCAUCGCUAAGAAGUGCAAAAAUCUACAAAGCUUGAACAUCGCAGGCUGCGGUGGAGUUUCCGAUGCGAGUCUCAUGACUAUUGGUAAACAUUGCCAUUCAUUACGAAAUAUCAACCUCAAAGACAUCACUGGCAUCAGCUUUUAUGGUAUAGAAAGCCUGGUCAGCAGUAACCCUGGAAUGACGCAUGUGCGUUUAGGGAUCGUGGGGGACGCACAGAACACGAUGAUCGCUUUACAGAUUAUUGUUAAACACUGCCAAAAACUGCAAUUUCUAAGCUUUCAACAUUUCCACAAGACUGGCGUUGUUGCAGGAGGAGUACAGAAGAUGAAUAAGAAAAGGCUUGGUGCUUUCAUCAAUAGCCUAAAUGCAUGUGUUUUUUCAAAUGAGAACAGAUAA